ACCCCCUUUUACCUUUAACUUUAAGUGGACACAAAAAACUCAAGGACUACUAGAUCUAGACUAGAUUCUAGAUCUAAAUUUAUAAAUCUAGAUCUCUAGAGUCUAGCAUUCUAGAUCUAUAUAUAUCUAGAUCUAAAUUAGAAUUAGACUUGUUUCAGUUUACAAAGAAUUGGGACUCUAAAAACCACUUAGAUCUAUAUCAUGCCAAAAUUUUAUGAAGAUGUUGAGGAAACUAAGCAAAAAAAGAAACAUCCAUGUGAAGGUCUGAGAGAUGAUCUCCUGGAGUGCAUAUCUAAAACUGACUGCGUCAGAAAGGAUAAGAAAACACCCAGAGAGUGUCUGCAUGACCCACUAAUACCAGAGAAAUGUGCCAUGUUUAGAAAUGCUUUCUUUGAAUGCAAGAGAUCUUUGUUGGACAUGAGAACAAGAUUUAGAGGAAGAAGAUAUUACUAACUUCAAUUCUUGACUGGGAAAUUUGUUUGUAUAUAAGAACUAAAAAAACAUUUUAUUACUGCACUUCAUAGUCCAGGAAGACAUUAGCUAUAUGUUAUGUUUGAUUUAGUUACAUGGAGGUCUACACAACUGUUUUCAAGGUCUGCCAUGACUUUUAGCAUUUAACAUUACAUUGCAGCAUAGGAAAUCAUUUUAAGAAAAACUAAUGUAUUGACAUGUGCUUUUUUGUUUAAAACUAAUAAAACUUUGGAACUCAA